AUGGGAGGUAAUCUGGACAGCGUACUUGGUUUGAAAUCAGACUUCAACAAGGCAUUCAAUGCUAUCAAGACUUCUGGGACAUUCGCUAGGUGGGAGACGCUUCCGACCACCCCACCUGCUGCGUUCCUGUUUGACGGAAUUGAAGAAAUCAACUUACCGCUUGGCGAGGAACAGAUUCGAGAGCUGAUUGCCAAAGCACGGCUGGCUACCUCUGACCGCGGAAACGAGGCCACCGUCUUGUCCUUCCUCGAGCCAGAAUGGCAAUCUUAUCUGGUCGAUUUGAGCAAGCGCGUUGCUAGCAAACUCGGCCUUGAUCAUCCAAUUCGAUUGGAUCUCUAUAGGAUGCUCAUACUGGGAACUGGUGCGAUGUUUAAGCCUGACACCGACACUGAGAGGAUUCCGGGCAUGUUUGGAACUCUGGUAAUCUGCUUGCCAUCAGCUCACACCGGCGGCGAGGUUGUUGUGAAGCACAAUGACGAAUGCCAUACUUUGAGAACCUCGGACGCUACCCAGUCUUUUGCUUGCUGGUACUCGGACGUGACUCAUGAGGUCCUACCUGUUCAGUCAGGAUACCGAUGUUGCUUGACCUACAACUUGGCCAUCAGACCGGGUCACCCCCGACCGGCAGCAAGUGUACUCGACUUGAAAAAGGUCCCACUCCGAAAGACCCUUCAACGCUGGCUAGAAAACGUGGCAAACAGCAACACAGCCAAUGAGCCAAGCCAUCUGUACCGUACCCUUGAUCAUCAGUACAAGGAAAAAACCCUGUGCUUCAAUCAACUCAAGAAUAACGAUUUUGCGCGGACCGAUGCAUUGCGAAAGCUUGCGCACGAGCUUCCUUUUGAGAUCUUCUUGGCGUCAUUGGAGAAAGAGGAGCACGGAACUUACCAAUCAAAAAACUAUAGAUAUAGUGCCUACGACACCGAUUCAGGUUCAGACGCUAACCACCACGCCAUUGACGAUGUUGAUGAGGAGGAGACCACUUGUGUUGUGAAGUCACUCCGUGCGCUUGAUGGCACUAUCUUGGUCAGGAAUUACGACUUUGAUUCACAAUUUUGCCUGGUGGAUGACCCCUUCAGAGGACUGAGAGAUCCCAGCGAAGAUUAUGAAUACGAGGGAGAAGGUCGUGGUAGUGUCACCCAUCGGUAUCGUCGUUCAGCUGCUGUUAUUGUUCGACGUGAUAAAAUUGGAGAAUUUCUUGCCGAAUGCACGUUCAGAUCCCCAGACGACUAUGAUUCAUGUUCCUCCGUCGACAACCGUAAAUCCAAAUCGCCAGGAAGAGAUGAUUGCAACUCCGCUUUACGCUAUCUUCGUCAAAUCAGUUCGGCACCUUCAGCUAAAACAUCCAUGCUUGAUGCCAUGUGCAGACAGUAUGUAUCAACAUCCAGCAAAAAACUGAACAUGACUGAUCUCCUCAAGAUUUCGCUCAAAUACUCUCACUACGCGCUGUUCCAAACCGUUGGGGCUUGCCACCAAGGUCUAUUACCAGUCGAGUUUUUUGACUGGGCAAAGGAAUGGCUCGACAAGCUUCGAAAUGUGUCCCUCGUGGAAAUGUACUACCAGACAUGGAUACCACUUCUCAUCCAAGCGUAUCCAUCUAUGGCCGAUAGCAUGAGCAUUAUCAGAAAGAUGUCGAAUCCCAGUGGUGACGCUGCCGUACCAGAUCGCACCUGGGCGCAUGAUGUCAUUCUUCGAUGUGUCCAGAGUUUUCCUGAGACCAACAAGAGGCCGACUCGAUCAGAUGCCGAGUGGAUUGUUUGUGCGAUCUUUGAGCUCGAGGAAGCGUGGGCUUCUACACAUGCGCUUUUUACAUCGAUAUUUGAUCGCUUUCCUCAAAUAGGUGCUACUGCCUUCUUGCUUGAGGUGCUUUUUCAGCUCAAGACUCAAGGACAAGCCAAACAUCUCGCGAUUCCCGACACCGUGGAACUCUACAAAAGCCUUAGCUCGCGUGUUUUCAAUGGCCAUAGAAAGCUCUCUGACAUUGUCAGCCCAGCAAAAUCAAAGCCGGCAUCUGAAGGACUCUCUUCGCAUUUUCACUACCAGCGCAACACUGAUACAAAGAAAACAUCAGAAAACGAUCUGGUGGUCACCCCGCGCGCUCUGGCUCAAUUUGCCUACGAUCUCAACCAAAUGAGCACCGAUGCCGCAAACUUACUCGAGCCAUUCAUCCAAGAGAUUACUGAACAAUGUGCUACAUUUUCUGCUGAGGACAUGGACAGCCUCUGGAUGCCUUUUCUCCAUGAACUCAUACCGGUUCUGGCCUCUCGAUCCGUCUCGCUCAACACACCAACUUACCAACGACUGGUCCAUCAAUUUGUCAAACACUCGGAGGACAAGGCCGUUGGACCGCACCCACAAGCAGGCGUCACCUUUGCAGUCCCUGAAGUAGCUUGCACAUGCGGAGACUGCGGGGGUCUCAAUAGCUUCCUUCGAAACCCCUCCCAGCGUGUCGGCCGAUUUCCAAUGGCUCUAGCCCGACGUCAGCACCUGGAGAGAGAACUCGAGAAGGCCCAGAUUGUCUGCACUCAAGAGACCCAGAACUAUGGAAGUCCUCACUCCUUGAUCAUCACCAAACAUCGCACUUUGCAGGACGAGCUCAAAGAGUGGACUGAGCGCCAGAAUAAACUCUACGGUGGUCUUACUCGACACAUCCGACCAGAGCACCUCCGAAUCCUGCUCGGUGCCCACGAAGCUGCUCGCGUCCAAUCCUUAGCGGUGCCAAGGCAAGAACCUACUGCGCGCCGUUGACCAAACCGUUGAGCAAAAAUGACUGAACUGUUCUAGAGGGAUCUCGGACUACAGUUUUUUUUUGGGUUGUUCUCUGACUGUCUUGUUGAACAUCAUUGUUUGGUUGAAUGAUCAUGUUUCAUACAUUUUUUGGACAGUUGUAAUGUCCAUAUAAACCAUGAAACUUAGAUUUUAUAGCACAUAGGGG